GUGCUCCAUCUAAGCGGUCAGGUUGAUAUAAUAUGUCAAGAGUUCGAAAAUAUUUCCAAGAAUAUUCUUCUUCAUAGAUUUUCUAUACCUUCAUUUGGAAUGCUGAUUGAGAAGCAUAAUAAAGUCAUUUUAUUUUCCGAAAACAUCGAACAACUAUUUUCUUUUAUCGGAUUAAUGCAGAUUGUUUGGAUUACCUUAGUUAUUUGCAGUCUUGGAUUUGUCUUGAUAAUUUCUAUUCACAAUGAAACUGGUGUUUUCGCAUUAGUGAAAACCAUGAUUGCUUACUUUACCGUGGUAAUGGAAGUCUUUAUGAUUUGCUUUUCCGGAGAAUAUCUUAGCUCCAAAGGCAAAUCCAUUGCCAAGGCAACAUACGAGAUGCCAUGGUAUGAUAUGCCGUCAAAUCAGAGUAAAAUUUUAAUGUUCAUAAUGAUGAGGUCGCAAAAACGACUAGCAAUCACGGCGGGGAAAAUGAUGGAUAUGUCAUUUGAAACUUUUACAAGU